AGUGCGCCGUGAGGCCUUUCGGCAAGCGGACGUUCGUCACUCUUCUGUUAAGAAUUGGUGUUGUAUAAAUGAAAAAUGAAUCGCCGACUAAACGAAAAUCAUAUUGCGCAAAUUAUAAACGAUUUUAGUGACUCGGAAAGCGAAGGCAUAGGAGACACGACUCAAGAGAACAUUUUGGAAGAAGUAGGUGAUAUAAGUGACUGUAAAUCAAUACAUAGCGAACAUAAUUCAGCGUCUGAAAUAGAGGAAAGCGAUGAGUCUUCCGCCGCUGAGUCCGCAGAAGAUACAACCAGUAAUAGUUUUUACGGUAAAAACCGGUUCAAAUGGAGCAAAACUCCUCCACAUUCAUCUCGUAUUAGACAGCACAACAUUAUCGAAGAGCGCGCGGGUUUGAAAGGGCCUGCUCUUUCUAAGAAUGAAAUGUCACCAAUAGAAACAUGGGAACUAUUGCUUGCUGAUGAUAUAAUCCAACUUAUAGUGCAGUAUACUAAUCAAAAGCUAGAAGCUAAAUAUAUUUCACCACUGAUACGACCUUACUAUGCCAAAAACAUAGAUAGUUGUGAGUUGCGAGCUUAUUUUGGAUUACUUUUACUUACUGCAAUUUUCAAGUCAAAUCACGAAGAUGUUAGAUCAUUAUGGGCAUCUGAUUACACUGGUAGAGACAUAUUUCGUGGCGUAAUGGGAUUGAACAGAUUUUUGUUCAUUCAUUUCAAUAUCACAUUUGAUGACCUUAGCACACGGGAACAAAGGAAGUCCACUGACAAACUGGCUUUGAUAAGCGAAAUGUUUGAUAAAUUUAUCCAAAACUGCAGUAACAACUAUACUUGCUCGGAAUAUUUAUGUAUAGAUGAAAUGUUGGUGAAAUUUCGAUUCGUGAAAGUCUAUUGCAAUGUCUCUUAUAAAGCCACACAUUUGCCAAAGACUGGAAAAUCAUACUAACUUGACCAAAGAUGUAAGAGCGAUAAUGAUCAAGUUGAUCGACAAAGAGCAGACUUUGCCUAGCUCAGAUGAACCUGGUCCUAGUACCCCAAAAAUUAAGCGAAGAUGUUAUAGUUGUCCCAGAUCUAAAGAUAAAAAAGUACUAUUGUCUGUAAGUCUUGCAAGAAAACUAUUUGCAAUCCUCAUUCAGUAGGAAUUACUUAUUGUUUACCAUGCCUACCCAAAGAAUAAUUUUUAACGUUAGUUUAGGGUAGUACGUUUCAAGUAUUAUCAUUUUUUUUUCUAUAAUGUUAAUUGUUUAAUUUUCGUAUAAUUACUUCUCUUUGAUUCUUAUUUUAUUAGAAAAAAAUAUUAAGUUAGUUAGAAGUUGACUUUUUGUUAAAUUUUAGUACAUUGUGCCUUAAAAAUUAUAUGUAGAAGAUUGUUAAUUUUAUAAAAAUGUUUCUUACUGUCUAAAUACUGAUUGUUUUAUAAUUAAUAAAUAAUUUUCAUAAA